AUGUCUUCUAAAUUGCCUCCUAAAAUUAUAAAGUUUGAUUCUGGAUAUGAAAAGCGUAAAAAAAAAAAACUUGAUGAGUUAACUCAGUCUCAAUUGGGAGCUCUUGAUAAAUUAAUAAUAAAAGAAUCAAAAAAUUUAGUUGAUAAUCAUAAUGCUGGUAAUGUUGAUGUAGAAAUUCUUGAAAAUGUGGUUACUACUGAAAAUAUGGAAGAUAAUGUUGAUGUUAAUGCUACUGAAAAUAUGGAAGAUAAUGUUGAUGUUAAUGCUACUGAAAAUAUGGAAGAUAAUGUUGAUGUUAAUGCUACUGAAAAUGAUAUCGUAGACGUUGAAAAUGUCGAUGUUGAAAAUGUUGAUAAUGUUAGUGACAAUGGAAAAGAUAUAUUUGAUCCGAGAAUUUGGGAUUCUCUUGAUUCCAAAAGUAUUGAUUUAUUAGCUACAAAAGGUCCUAAAAGAGAUUUCUCUAUUGUGAAGGGUCCUAAAGAUAAAUCGUCUAGACGCUUUACGGCUAAUUUGUAUACUAGAGUUUUAUCAAACGGAGAGAAGUGUGAUAGAGAUUGGCUUAUUUAA